UGAGGUCUUCCCGCACCCUGCCUCGCUCCCUCCCUGCCUCGCUCCCUCCCUGCCUCGCUCCCUCCCUGCCUCGCUCCCUCCCUGCUUUGCACCCACCAGCAUUUUGGUUGGGGUUAAUCGUAUCGACCAGCAGCACCGGACGAAGUGUGACUAGUUUACACUGCACUUCAGCUAAAGUAAUAGUGAGGUUUUUGCCGGGUUCAGUGAUGUAAUGUGGUCACGUCUUGUAAAGGAACAGUUAUAGUGUAAUAGUGACGGCUAUUGUGUAGUAGUGACGUACGUCGCACGUAAUUCCACCAACAAGCCACGAGGAUUUAUGGAUCAGUCUCCCGUGUUACUGCACAUGGUGUCUGGACGAGUCGUCCCAGUUGCCUCAGGCUCUACACAGGCGCUAGGUUAGAUCCACCUUCUCCAGAUUAACAGCUAUAAUGUCUCGAAUUAUUUGGUUGGCAAGUUUUGCCACCAUGCUUCUGGGUGUGGUGGUGGCAGAUUUUAAUCUGAUAGAUGUAGAACCUGUCAUGAAGAAAGAGCAACCAGAUUUUGAGGAUGAUACUGGAAAUGGGGCGGUUAUUCUCAGUGGAAGCAGAGGCACAUUCUCCAACUCCACACAUGAUGGAAAAGACAAAACUGAUAUAACGGAUAUCAAUUUCAUGAAUGCCUUUGUGUCUUCACUGAGCAUGAUCGUAGUAACCGAGUUAGGAGACAAAACUUUCUUCAUUGCUGCUAUCAUGGCAAUGAACCAUCCCAGAGUGGCAGUGUUUGCCGGUGCUAUGUUUGCCCUCACCUUCAUGCACAUCUUAUCGUCUUUGUUUGGCUACGUCAUCACAUGGAUUCCCCGCAUAUAUACUUUUUAUGCUUCAAGUGCCCUUUUUGCUAUAUUUGGGUUAAAAAUGCUGAGAGAUGGCUGGAAAAUGAAACCUGACGAAGGGCAAGAAGAGCUUGAGGAAGUCCAAUCAGAUUUACGCCGUAGAGAAGAUAAUUAUAGACGAGAGUCUGUAGAUGAAGGCGCAGUAGCGUAUACACCGGAAUCUAGAGAUGAUGGUGAAGCAGCGCACAAACGGGAUUCUAACGAAGAAGGUGAAGUUGCGUUUAAACGAGAGUCUGCAAGGGAUGGUGAAAUAACUUUUACAAGGGAAGUGGAUGAUGGGCUGUCGGGGUCUCGGCGAAGCGUGCGUUCUGCAGAAGAAGGUACAGCGGGGACACGACGACUAGGACGGAAGCAUCAAAUAAUUGUUGCAUUGUCACGAGUUUUUUUCCAAGCUUUCACCAUGACAUUUUUGGCAGAAUGGGGUGAUCGCUCCCAGAUUGCCACCGUGGUCAUGGCAGCACGAGAAGAUGUGUACGGUGUGAUAAUUGGUGGCUUGCUUGGUCACUUUUUAUGUACAGGACUUGCUGUAGUUGGUGGUCGCAUGAUUGCAUCUAGAAUAUCCGUCAGAACAGUUACUAUCAUUGGUGGAAUAAUCUUCCUAAUAUUUGCGGUGUCGGCACUGAUAAUGGGGCCUUGAACACUUAGUCUUGUAAAUUGAUCUACAUGAAAGGUUGUAAGCAAAGUGUUCUUAAAAAUUAUAUUAAGUUUAGGUCUGUGGUAAGGGCGUAUGUAAUUAUUAACAAUUUGUAAAUUGUUGAUUACGGUUUGAUACAUAGUAUGUAUGAAUUUAUUUCCGAAUCCGAAAAUUUAAAUUUAGGGAUGAAAAUUUUAUUACUUGACAUAAUGUGUGUGUGUGUUAUUUAAGAGCAAUGGGACAUAAUGCUACAGUACUAAUGUGCAUUGAUGUGAGUAGUUCGGUAUUUGAAGGAUGCAUCGAUUAUGAACCUCCGAGUUCAUCUUGAGUACAUGUGAUUCCCUAUCAUUUCCGUGAUGCUCAAAUUUUUUUUCUAUAAACUAGUGUGGUUGUUGCAGUUUCUGAUGCUUGGUCCAGCAAUGUGAAGAGUGAAAAUUUGAAUUGAAUGUCCCAGACAGGUAGUUUAAUAAGAUUGAAUCCCAAGCCGGUACAAAUGAUAAUUUGUACACAUCAGCAGGUUCGUUGUAGGUUAAAUCAUAUUCAAAAACACAGCCAUAACACAAAAUAGAGUCUGAUAAAUUGUGACCAUUUGCAAGAAAAUUGAGAUUGCAAUGUUACUCAACAAUUCCCAGGACUCUGUGCCAUUAUAUUAGUUAGGUUAUUAGUGUGAAAGUCUGUGCUAGUAUUAGAUUGUAACACUCCUUAGCUCGGACAUUAAGAUACAGUACUGUACACUCGGUAUACCUAGUUUUGACCUCUCAUCUUGCCACGACGGUUUACUUUGAAUAUUUUAUAUUUUAUUUAAAUUAAGUCAUUUAUAUAUACACAUGUAUACAGUAUUGCAUCAAUAAAGCAUUAAUUAUUGGCUAUUAAAGACCAAAGGGAUGGAAAUUAAUUUAUAUUUUUAUUUUUUUGAAGUUAUUCAAAUUAGAGGAUAUUAGUUCUCCACAUGUUGACCAGUAGAUGCUGUAAGUAGAAACUUUCUGGAAGAUGUAAAUAUGGAGAGCAGAUAGCAAAUGUGAAGUGUUAGAUUGUGUUGGAUUCCUAAUUGUAGCAUUAUCAUGUUUCGAUAUUUUUACUUUUAUAUUUAUUUUAUUGUUAAAUAAAGUAGGAAACAA